UGAUCAUAGAAGGCGUAACAUGACUAAGUAGUGAAUUUGUUAAAUAAAUAGAUCGAUGCCUAUAAUUUUGGGUGAAUAGCUCUCUCCCAUCAAAAUCAGAUAUAUAUGGCUUCAUUAAUGAAAAACUACUUACCAUACUUAGUCCCUCCAAUUUUUGUCAUACUCUUCUUUUUCAUCUCAUUCUCCUCUCCAUUAAACAAAUAUCACACAUUACUAAGCCCUUCUCAUCAUCAUCUUAAACCACCUGCUUCUCCAUCAAUUAACAAUUUUAGUAACCCUAAUUUCACAUCACAUCAUGAUCAGCAGUACUCUUCUUCGAACUUUUCUACUCUUGCUAGCAGCAACCACGUCAAAAAUAAGAGCAGUGUGCAGAGACUUGAAGAUGGGUUGGCAAGAGCCAGAGCAGCUAUACGGAAAGCCAUUCUUACUAAGAAUUACACUUCUGAUAGAGAAGAGAUUUACAUUCCUAGAGGACCUAUUUACAGAAAUCCUUAUGCUUUUCAUCAGAGUCAUAUAGAGAUGGUAAAGAGAAUGAAGAUAUGGAGUUACAGAGAAGGAGAAAUGCCAAUGGUCCACAAUGGGCCAACAACAUACAUAUACUCAAUAGAAGGACAGUUCAUUUUCGAGUUGGAAAGUGAAUUAUCAAAUCAUUCAUUCAUGGCAAAGCAUCCUGAUGAAGCACAUGCCUUCUUCCUACCCAUGAGUAUAUCAAAACUCACAGACUCACUCUACCCAACCUAUAGUAAAGGUGGACGCUUCUCUGAAACUCUCUCUCGAGUUUUCACUGACUACGUUUAUGUUCUCUCUCGCAAAUAUCCUUAUUGGAAUCGAACUAAUGGAGCUGACCACUUUUUUGUCUCUUGCCAUGACUGGGCACCACUAAUUUCACGUAUAGAUCAUCACAUAUAUGACAACUUCAUGAAAGUAUUAUGCAAUGCCAACACAUCCGAAGGCUUCAAACCAUCAAGAGACGUAUCCAUACCCGAAUACAACCUAAAGAAAUUCGAACUAGGACCGCCGCGAUUGGGCCAACCGCCCAAUCAGCGGCCGGUGCUAGCUUUCUUUGCCGGUGCAGCUCACGGCGACAUAAGAGCAAAAUUAUUCAAGCAUUGGAAGGAAAAAGACAACGAAGUACUCGUCUUUGAACAACUUCCAAAAAACUACAGCUACCAUAAAAUCAUGGGAGAGACCAAGUUUUGCUUGUGCCCUAGUGGUUCGGAAGUGGCGAGUCCUCGAGUUGUUGAGGCAAUGCGACAAGGCUGUGUCCCAGUUCUCAUAUCUGAUUACUACUCCAUACCCUUUGAGGAUGUUCUUGAUUGGACCAAAUUCUCUGUACAAAUCCCACCUAGCAAAAUACCUGAAAUCAAGACCAUUUUGAAAGCUAUUCCUUACUCGAAAUACUUGACAUUACAGAAGAGGGUGAUGAAAGUGAGUAGACACUUUGAGUUGAAUCGACCAGCUAAGCCCUUUGAUGUGUUUCAUAUGGUGCUUCACUCAGUUUGGCUUAGAAGGCUUAAUUUUAGGUUGCCAUUUUAA